AUGCCGUCGUCGUCGUUGGCGUACAUUCGCACGGCAGCGGCGGAAGACGUCCGCGUUGCCAUUGUGUUGGGGACGAGCCUACUCCUAGCUAUGUGGUUUCUUGCGAGACGGAUGUCCAAGGGCGGCGGCGUCGGGCGUGUGUUCCUCAGCGACCUCGCACGUGUCGAGUGCUUGUCCACGGACCGGUUGAUGCACAAGGUGGUACUUCCAGCGCGGCAGCCCAACGCUUCCAAGCGGCUGGUGUUGUUAGUUCCGGGGAACCCUGGCGUACCUGGUUUCUACGAGCCUUUCAUGCAGCGGUUGCAUGCAUUGGGAGGUCGCGACUGCGAGAUCGUCGGGCUGAGCCACACGGGCCAUUCUCUGCCGUGGAUCAACGACAACGCCGCGUUCGAUUUGGAGACGCAGGUCGUCGACAAGGUCGCAUACGUUCGCAAACGUAUCGAGAAAGACCCCACCGUGUCACUUGUUUUGAUUGGACACUCCAUCGGGUGCCACAUUGCCCUGCGGUUGCUCGAUCAAUUUCCAACCCACGUCGAGAAACUUGUGCUCAUCCAGCCCGCCGUCAUGCACAUACGCGACACACCGCGGGGCCAGCAAAUGAUGCCGCUGUUCGUGCACCACCAGUGGGUAGCGUACCUGGCGUGGCCCAUCGCCCAGUUGCCGACGCUAGUGAAGAAGGUGCUGGUUGCACUGGCGGUGCCCCCCCCCGAGUUUCACAAGGCUGCGCUUGGCAUGUGUGAUCACGUGGUGGUGCUCAACUGCCUCAAAAUGGCGUGGCACGAGAUGCACGAACUCAAGGACAUCAACCACGCCCUCGUAGCCGACCACCAGCACAAGAUCCAGUUUGUGUUUUCACAGCACGAUGGAUGGUGUCCUCCCGCGCACGUCGAGCUGCUCCGACGGCGAUAUGUGCAUGCCAACCACGUCGUUGUAUCGCUGCCCCAUGCGUUCAUGAUGGCGGCCAACGGGUCGGACGUGAUGGCGGACCUCGCGCAUGCCUGGCUCAAUGAAACACAGCUUGCUGCGAAACCACCAGUUGGCCACGUAGUUGCUCCGCCACCACGGGCGUAGCCGAGGCAUAACACAAGUAGACUCACAAGUAGACUCAUACAAUCGACUUGAAUACGGUGAUCGACACAAACCCGAUUGUACUAUUAACCCAGUUCAUUCGUCGUUAUGCUCCACAGACGUCGUAAACUCAAGGCUAGCGUAGUACUAACUUACAGUAGUAUUAAUCCAAGUCA